AUGUUUCGCACCGCAAUCACCGCUCGCAUCCCCGCUCUCUCGGCCGCCCGCGCUUUCCACUACACGCCGGCGGCGGCUGAAUCUGCAGCGGAGAAGGUCAAGAAGACCGCCAAAGAUGUCAAUAUCAAGGUAGGACAAACGUUGGCAGCUGGCAUUGAGAAGGGAGAGAAGGCGACUCAAGCAACUAAAGAGACGUUGGGUGUAAAGACGGAGCAGGCUAAACAAGGAGCGAAGGAAGAUGCUGAUCUCGUUGGUCAGAAAGCCAACCAGGCCGCGGCUGGCGCACGGGUUGCAAAAGAAGACUUUAAGAACGAGGUGAAGAAGUAA